AUGAAGGCUACAAACACGUUUUUCAAAUAAUUCAAGAAUUUUGAAAAAAAUUCAAAAACUGAAAAUAAUGAUGCAGACCCAUACGAGUAUGAAGAACAGGAUGUGAUAUAGGAUUUCAAGGGAAAAGGAGGCAAAAAGGAAAACUUCAAUCUUAUCCGUGAUUUAAGAGAAAUAAGUGAUACGGAGACUGAAAAGGUUAAGAAGAAAGUGAUAAAGGUUCGAAAGCAAAAAGAGAAAUGGAUUACUGAGAAGGAUAUAAUAGAGAGUAAAACAGAAAUCAUAAGUAAACCAAAAUCAGUUGAAAUGAAAACUAAAGCCAGCAAAUAAUUUAUAGGCACAUACGAAGAAGCACCAAUAGGCUUUCAUUCAAAGAGAUCUAUAUUCAAAUCUCUAUUUAUGAUUCACAAUGAGAGUGUUAAUGUCUGGAGCCAUAUUUUUGGCGUGAUCCUCUUUAUCGGACUCAUUUUAUAUACUGUUGUUUAUCUAGCACCCCCCAAGGUCAACGGGACAAUUCUAGAGAAUAUUCACUCUUCCUGGCUUAAUAAUUUGAGCAUGAAUGACAUGAUAGGAGAGGAUUUCCCUCAUAAUUUCUUCUCGAAAAUUCAAAUCUUUGAGAACUCACAGUAUGAUGGGUUAAGACAAGGUGAGCACUAUAACUCUAAGCUUUCAUUCUAUGGAGAGAAUUUGCAGAGGAAAAUCAAUGACCUCCUCGUGUCUUACGACAUCAUGUAAAAUUAUUAAUAAUAAAUAACCAAUAAAAGUGAGCAUGAUACUUCCUCAGUUAGCCACCCACAUGCUACUCUUUUUGAAUCUCUAGAAAAUCAAUUUAAAUAUAUUGAGAAUCUCGUAAAAUACCUUUAAUUAAGAGUUGAGGAAUGGACUACAGAAGUAAAGAACUUAGCAGACUCAAAAGAAUUUGACUGGCUUGAAAUAUAACCUUUGAUUAAAGAUCCCAAGAAGUUCAUUACUUAUGUACCUAGAUCUCACAGUUCCUCAGUGAAUAACUUUUUAUCUAGACUCGACUACUGUGGUAUUAGUAUUCUAAUUGCUGGCAGUAACACACCCCCUCUCUACUAUUCCUUCUUCUGCAAUGAAAUGGAAGUUUGGAGAAACGUCUACCUUAGUCUUUAAUACAUAACAUGUCUUUUCUGUUUUGUAUUGCUGCUUAUUCCUAAAUACAAUAAGCCUGAGUACAGGACUUUGAGAGGGAUUCUUUUUAUUAUAUGCGGCUUGCUAUCCAUUGUGCCAAUUUAUCAUGCUGAAUUUUUGAGUCAUGAAAAAUACGUUCAUCACUUCCACAGUCUCCCUUGGGCUAUUGGAGGUGCAUUAUACAUUUUCGGAGCUUUACUAUAUGUUGUGAAAUUCCCUGAAAGACUUAAGCCAGGCACUUUUGACUUCUUUGGAUCAUCUCAUCAGCUAUUCCACUUCUUGAUUGUUGCAGCAGCUCUAGUUCAUUACUGGGCUAGUAUUCAAUGCUUCCACGAUAGACAAAUCUUCUAAUGCCCAGUUGAUGCACUAGAAAACUUAACUCUCUCAAAAUGA